GAAGGGUAAUAAGUAGAAGAAAAAGUUAAAAGCAAAGAGAUUAUCAUCACCCAAAGCAAAAGCAAAUUGGUCGUCCAUACAAUUUCGCUUCAUCUUUCAUCUAGAUAAGGAGUUAGUUCCCUUUGCAAUGGAGUUAAGAUCAUUGAUUUUGCAACCAAACUUGUCGCACUUGUUUCCAACAUUCACAUGCUGUGUUAAACUCAAACCUUCUUUCCGGCAUUUACAGCAGAAGGAAUUAUCAUUGAAAUUCACCAGAAGGGUGGGAUUUUUGGCAAUCAUAACCCCCUUGAUUUUGGGUGGAGAAGAUAUUUUUAGUACACAAAAUGCAAAUGCAUUUGAUUUUAGAUUUGUGGCCCCUGACAUGACAGCUGAAGAGGCCCUGCGUGGUGUGAGAAAUCAUGCACAAGAUUUGUUACAAGUUAAAGAAUUGUUAGAGUCAGAAUCGUGGACAGAAGCACAAAGAUAUCUAAGACAGAGCUCAGCAGUUCUCAAGAAAGACAUAUAUAUCAUAAUCCAGAGCAAGCCUGGAAUUGAGAGGCCAGAACUAAGGAAGCUUUAUUCCGCUCUCUUCAACAAUGUAACUAGACUAGAUUAUGCAGCAAGGGGUAGAGAUGGACCACAAGUGUGGCAGUGUUAUGAGAACAUUGUUGUGGCUGUCAAUGACAUUAUAUCCAGAUUAUAGUGUUCACUGUAGACUUUUGAAAAUGGAGGAUUGAACUGCUCUUGAUAAGUUUAUGCGAACAGUUACCAACAUUGCUUGCUGCAAGAAGUGGAGUAAUGAAGAAGAAGAACCCUGUUAUAUACAAUUAUAGAUCAUGGGUUUGAACGUGAAGAGUAAAAUUAUUGAAUGUUUGAUUAUAUUUGACACUAAGAUGUUCAA